AAAGAAAGUCAUCUUUAUGAAAUCAAAGAAACUGCAACGCCUGUGGCCCAUCCUGUGAAGCGUCCUUAUACUGGCUUAUGCUGCGCAGGUUGUACUCCGUCUAGUAGGGAUUCUUUGGUGAAUAAAACCACAGAAAAUUCACCUCUAAUAAAUGUGCUUGAACAAAACUUUUCGCCGCAACAAAGCGGUUUAUUCUAUCGGCUAUUUCCUCAUCUUGCCCAAUGUUAUUCGAUAAAAAAGUAUGAUUUUCCGCAAGUCGCCGGAUUAAUAUUGAAAGAGCCCAGACUGAAAAAUGCGAUCGAACAGACGGCUCUAGAGCACUUCGAAGAUGUAGACACAAACGACGACGAAAUUUACAAGCAGUUGCUGAAAACAAACGAGAACAGAGCCAAGAAAAUUCUGAAGGAUAUGCGAUCCACGCUGUCGGACUUCCUGUUAAGGUUUACUUCGUGGGUGUUAUAUAAACUUCUUCCGUGCUUUCUCAGUUCCGUGGUGGUGCACCACGGUCAGGUGGAAAUGCUGAAAGAAGCUAGCGAAAGCGGACAUCCGCUAAUAUUCUUGCCUUUACACAAAUCGCAUUUAGAUUACAUCCUUAUUUCCUUUAUUUUAUUAAACAAUAACAUCAGAUCGCCACUUGUUGCAGCGGGAGACAAUCUUCGAAUUCCAUUUUUUGGAUCACUUCUGCGAGGUCUUGGUGCGUUUUUCAUUAAACGCCGAAUAGACCCGAUAAUGGGUCGAAAAGACCACGUUUACAAGACUGUUUUGCACACUUAUAUGAAUGCUUGUCUUCGAGCGGGUCACAACAUUGAAUUUUUCUUGGAGGGAGGCCGCACAAGAACGGGUAAACCUUGCAUGCCCAAAUAUGGAAUUCUAAGUGUCAUCCUGGAUGCUUUUAUGGACGGGACCAUCGAGGACGCGCUCCUGGUACCUGUCAGUGUCAAUUAUGAAAAACUGGUCGAUGGUAACUUCGUUCGGGAACAACUGGGCCAACCGAAAGAGAUGGAAACGUUCGCCGCUGCUAUUAAAGGAAUCUGGCACGUUCUUAAUAGUAAUUAUGGCAUGAUGAGGAUUGAUUUUCAUCAACCAUUCUCAAUGAGGGAAUUGGUCAGAACUUUUGAUACAACUGGUAAAGUACAUCAAAUAAACGGCAUGGUGAAGAAGCUAAAAUCAAAUCCUUCAACGACCAGUUUGUACGGAACAGACGUUGUUUCUGACAAACACAAACCAAUUGUAGAAAAGAUUUCAAAACAUGUUAUUUAUGACUGUGGUAACAAUACGGCUGUGAUGUCGACGAAUGCUGUGGCAUUUUUACUGCUCAAUAAAUUUAGGGAAGGAACCAAAAUAGACGAUUUAGUUGUAGCUUUAGAUGAAUUAAGAAAGGAACUGAGGAGUUCUAACGUUGAUGUGGGUUUUAGUGGGGAUUCUCUAGACGUAAUUCAUUAUGCGAUAGAAUUAUUGGGCCCUGCAGUAAUCAAGAGAGACAAGGUGAAUAACGAAGAGAUAAUAAAGCCAGUUUCUAUGUUACCAAAUGUUAUAGAGUUAGCGUAUUACAGUAACGUGGUUUUACCGUAUUAUGCCCUUCAGUCGGUUGUCGCUUUGGCCCUCAACAAUUGCUGCAACCCCCAAUUCGCGUACAUCUUCGAAAACGAUCUUGUUGAAUCGUCGAUGGACUUGUGUGAAAUUCUACAGUUCGAGUUUAUUUUUCACAAACCGUGCCAAAGUUUAGACGUUUGCAUUUUGGAUUGUGUCGAUGAUUUUAUUGUUAAGAGGGAAGUUUUGCAAAGGGAUAAUAUUAAUUCCCAAGAUUUGGAAAGAGGCCGGAGACUAGCACAAGAACUUUUCGAUGAAGAUGACGUGUUGGAUGGUGAAGAAGAGGGUGAUAGAGGACAAAACAUGCCGAAACUUCUAAUCAGUUCGGAGGAAUUUGCCAAGGGGACACUAGAGUUUUUACGCAAUCUGCUUUUGCCUCUCAUAGAGGCUUAUUCGGUAACAGCUUUCUGCUUGGAGAAGCUCGUUGGUAGAUCUAUGCUUGAAGGCGAUCUUGUCAAAGACGUUGUAAAAGAAAUGAGGCGGCAGGUCGACAGCGGAGUCCUAAAGCAUGAAGAAUGUGUGUCGAGUGACUCGGUAAAAAAUGCCAUCAAAUUAUUUCAAAAGUGGGAGGUUUUAGAGUGCCACAGUGAACAUAAACUUAGGCUUUAUUAUCUUAAAGAUAUGUAUGACGACAGUGAGGCGAUUAUUGCGAUUAGACAGAGGAUUGACAAAUAUCGAUUUGUAAAUGAUUCCGAAUGAUAACUAUAAGUAUAAAUAUUUUAAAUCUCCGAAAGAACUAAUCGUCACACAGAAAGAGUUGUUUUUCACAACAUCUAAUUAAGAAAAAAUAAAAACAGUAGAAUAGGAAUAUUUUAUACAAAACACUAAUAAUAUAAUUUUAAUGGCUACGUUGAGAACGUGAUUUUUUUUAUAAGCGAAUGAAAUAAAUAAGGCCAUACCGUAAUUAUUAAGAGAUUAUUUGUAGCAGUAGGAACAAUCAGUUGGUGCAGGAGAAAUUAGCACUCAUUAUUAUGUUCGUGUAGAAAUGAUCUGUGAUACAAAAAAGUCCUAUGAUAAUUGACAAUAAAGGCGUUCAUUUUUA